ACCUCGAUGCGAAGAAUGCAUAGGCAGCAGAGUGUAUCAAUUAUACGGAUAGGCUUUUAAUCUAAUGGUUUCACCGGUUACAAGCCAAGAUGAACAACGAUGUUGACUACCGUACUUUCAGUGAAAGGGACGAAAUGGAGAUGAUGGCUGACACCAGCAUAUCGCAAUCUCCCUCAGAUGAACUGAACGAGGCGUCAGAUUUGUUGCCCACUUCAAAGAAUAUUCGUGGUCAAACGCACAAGAUGAAACGAACUGAGGCCGCCAAAAAGCAGACGACGUUUAUCGAGGCCACCUUUAAAAAAUGGGAGUGUAAUAAAUUUGUUGCCAGUAAGAAGAAUCGGGAAACAUGUGGAUGUGGACAACCAAAGGAGGUUCACAAAAACAUAUUGGACCUGGUUGGCACAUGGAACAAAGAUGUUCAUUCUACAACGUCGAAGACUAACGCCUUUGGAGAGGUCAAGUUCCUUGGGUUCGGACCAGAGGACGACUUAAAACCGUACAUCCGCCUUGCGGACAAUACCGCUUAUGAGGACGUGUGGACUCUCCUAAAAGACUACUGGAAUGUGAAGCCGCCAACACUCAUCAUUUCUGUCACUGGUGGAAACAAGAGUUUUCACUUGAGUCGAAAGAUGGAGCAGGCAUUCCAAGAUGGAUUAGUCAAUGCAGCCUCCUCGACAGGAGCCUGGAUAACCACGACUGGCCACAAUGCUGGAGUAGCCAAAGUGGUCGGCAAGGCUGUUGGAUUCUACCGCAUGGCUAACGUGGCGGACAAGCAGAUCACAUGUCUCGGCUGCCUGUCAUGGGGAUAUGUGGACAACAAGGAGGCACUUGUCAACGAACAGGGUGGAGGAAAGUUCCCGGCGAUUUACAACUUCGAGGACUGUCAACCAGUUACGGAUUUGAAGAGCGAGGCCCCUCUUCAGCCGAAUCACUCACACUUCCUCUUCAUUGAUGAUGGUGUCGAUAAGAAAUACGGCGGAGAGGGUUUCAGAGCUGGAGUUGAAAUGCACAUCUCCCAAAGAGUCAGUACGAAAGGGGAGAAGUGCCCAGUUGUAAGACUUGUUCUAGAGGGUGGCGUCAACACACUUACCGGAGCUGCUGAAGCGAUCAAAAAUGAUAUUCCCUGCGUGUUCUUCAAAGGGACUGGGAGGACGGCAGACUUCAUCUCUAAUGCUUAUAGGCUUACAGCAGCUUACUCUAGCGAAGAAGAGACUGGUUUUCCUGACAAUUUUGAUGAAUUGAUCUCGCAUGACACUGCGCACUUUCUUAUACAAUGUAAGAGCGACCGAUCAAAAGAAAAAGUAUAUGCCGAAGUCCGGACAAUCCUCAGCAAGCGAUUACUUGUGAAUGUGUUCGACUUUACAUCUGGCGAUUCAGCAGAUGUAGAGUUUGCCAUCCUCAAUGCUUUACUGAAAGCCUAUCGCUCCGACGUCAAUACUCAAGCAAGUUUGGCCCUUGCGUGGAACAGGUGUGAUCUGGCACGGGAAGAGAUAUUCUCAACUGAGAAACGGCUUCAGUGGUUGACAAUACCGAUGCACGAGCACAUGACUAAGGCAUUAGUUCAGAACAAAGUCGAUUUCGUCCAACUGUUCCUUGAUAAAGGGGUUGAUGUGAAAAACCUGCUAACAUAUACAAAGCUUGCUGAAAUAUGGUCUAAGAGCCUUGAUAUCCCAUCAAGCCCAGCUGCAACACUAAUAAAGGCGAAGCUACGCAUUGAUUACGCAAUGGUCAUCGAGGGAAAUUUAGCCGGUAAAGUAAAGACGAAAUCAUUCCUGAAGGCAAUCGGAAACAUGCUGGCCAGUGAAUUAGGGUUCCGCUGCCUUAAUCCAUACGAUGGUGAGGCCAGAAUCGUAUUCGACCAGGACGCUUUGAAAGAUGGUCAACACAGAUUCCUGAACCCGGAAAAGGAAUUGUUCCUGUGGGCCGUUUGUUUUAACCGGGCAGAACUAGCGUCACUCUUCUGGCAGGCAGGGAAUGAUCACAUAGCACUGGCUCUUGGCGGGGCAUCCGUUCUGUUGUCGUUCUCCAAAGUUGCUUACAUCCUUGAUAUGACUGACCAGGCAGCAGCUUUAGAAGAACACGCACGGAAAUUAGAGGAAAAAGCUAGCGGUGUUUUAACUGAGUGUAACAACAACAACCGCAUGAAUACCGCGAAGACACUCGUACGGAAUAUACCUGAAUUCGGCCACAACGUUACUGCAUUGUCUGUGUCCAAUGUUGGUAAACACAUGCACUUCAUGGAGAACUCAGCCUGCCAGUCUUUCUUGUCUAACGUAUGGAAGGGACAUCUUGCUACUUACACCGAGAUGUGGAGGAUUAUUGUGGCUGUUUUUUUCCCGUUUGUGAUCCUCUCCAUGCGAUUCCGAGUCGGACAUGUCAGGGAUGACACCAAGUCCCGAAAAGAUGAAGGUGUUCACAGCCCUCUUACCAAAGAAUCGCCCGUUGGAAUAUUGAAGGCAGCGUAUUACUUCUAUACGUCACCCAUUGUCAAGUUUAUAUUCUAUGUGAUAUCGAUGCUGGUCCUUUUUGUUAUUUUUGCCUACUUCGUUUGCAUUGACCUACUUCCCUGGGAAGAUAAAGAUCAUAUUGUACCUCGCUCACACGUCAUUGAAUUCAUAGUUUGGGCAUGGAUGGCCACACUGGUAGCAGAGGAACUGAGGCAGAUUAUAGGCAACCAGGUCCAAUCUUGGAGGAGCAAAAUCGUCGAUUGGAUAAGCGACUUCUGGAAUCAACUGGAUGUGGCAAUCUACCUCCUACUACUCAUCAGUGUCAUCCUCCGAUUCGCCCUCACUGGAGAGGCCUUCUUCUACGCCAGAGUAACCUACGUGUUCUGCUUGUCAACCAUGCUUGUACGGUUUAGCAACAAUAUGUACGUACAUCCUGACUUGGGCCCGAAGGUCAUCAUGAUUGGGAAAAUGUUGAACGAUUUAGUAUUUUUCCUCGCCCUUCUUGUCAUCUUCAUCGCCAGUUACGGCAUCAGCUCUCAAGCCUUACUCUUUCCUAAUGCCCUCCCGCAAGCCAAGAUCUUUAAGCAAAUAUUCUACUAUCCAUACUGGACGAUGAAUGGGGAAUUCGAUCUUGACCUGGCUGAAGGUUCUUUGUCGGAUGGAACCCCAUGCUCUACCAACCGCACUGUGUUGGCAAACGAUCCAGGGAUCGUGCAGUGUCCAACAUCUACGUGGGUCGUACCCUUGGCCUUAUGCAUCUACGUCCUGAUCGUAAAUGUAUUGUUACUGAAUCUGCUCAUUGCUGUCUUCAGUUAUACAUUUCAACAGAUACAAGAGCAGUCGAAUCGUGUGUGGCGCUUUACGCUCUACUCCUUCAUCGAAGAAAACUACAACCGCCCAGUUCUUGCUCCACCAUUUGUCGUGUUCAGUCACUUGUUUCUAAUAGUCAGAGGAAUCUAUCACAGAUACAGGGGUGAACGACCAACAACUGCCUUCUAUGUCAUGUGCAGCGAGGAAGAGACAGCAAGACUAAGGUCAUUUGAACGGUAUGCCGUCAAUGUCUACAAUUUCAAACAACGAAAAGAAGACGAAGAAAAAAUAGGAUCGCAGAUAGGAACAGCUGGCGAGAAGAUUGUGGCAGAGAUGACUCAAUUAAAAGAAGACAUAGGGUCCAAAACUGAUGUUGAGACGAUAGGGACUCUACAAGCCGCCGUUAAUGAACUCCGAGCAGAGGUAAGCGGACAACGUGUCCGCAUUGACCAACAGACCCAGCUUCUGCGAGACAUCCUGAGCAGGAUGAGUGGUGGGGUGGAUCCAAAACCAAGGAAGGAAUCCGAUGUCGAAUAAGAAAGGGUAUACUCAAAAUACUAGAUAUAAGCUGCAAUUACUAAUACUAAAAUUUGUAUCUUGAAGGGCCAAGCAACCGUCGGAUGUCCUGAUUUUUCGCUCCGAACAUUGCAGUUACUAGUGACAACGUGAGCUCAAUGUAAACCUCGCCAAGAGAGAUCAUUUGAAGCACUGCUAACUUGAGAAGAGAAGAGAAGGUCUCUAUAAAAACGCCAAUCAUUAUCAAAGGAUAAUGACUUGU